AUGAGCCAUCUUCCAUUCACAUACGACGAGGGACAGGAUAACGAUGCGAUCGAAUGUCAGAUCUGCUUUUGCCCUCUUAUAGACCCAGUGGAACAUUCUUCACAGGACUCACCUUGCAGUCAGACGUUCUGUCGUGAGUGCGUAGAGACGCUGUCAAAGUGUCCCUUCUGCAUAUGCAUGGUUAGCAAGUGGGAGUCGGUACAACUUACACCGACCACUCACAAGUUCCUCUUCCGGCCACUGGCCGAACUCAAAGUGACAUGCAACGUAUGUCACAAGUCAGCAAAGCGAAAGGAUAUAGUUGACCAUGUUGAAUCAUGUGAGAUUGAGUUACCAAAGGGAUUGAUACCAAAGGUUAAACAAAGCGAUUCACCAAUAUCUACACAUGCUAGCAGCAGUAGUAGCACGAGUGUAUCAUAUAGUGAUGAUCCAAACUUUGCAAAUAUCAAGUACACGAUCAAUCCUUCACCUAUUCAGUCGGCCUCGGCACAGCUGAUCUCGACAACAUCGACGACGCCUACAUCUUCAUUCCCUCCACAGGUCAUCCCCAAUGGCAAUGGCAAUGGCAAUGGCAUUGCUGCCGCCAACAGCAGUCCCAAUCUCAAUGGCAUGGUCAAUCCAAAUGCCCCCGCACCUUUCCAACCAUACAUUCCUCAAGUGGGCUACCAGCCACCGCAACUGAAUGGCGGUGGCGGCAGCAUGAGCAACCUAAACAACCCCAACAACAACAACAGCAACGUACCACCACCAAUCUUUCCACAAGCGCCUCUGCAACAGGGCGGUCAUCCAUUCUCACCUUAUCAAUUCCCACCGCGCCCCUCCUCAUUCCUCUACUCAAACGGACAGCCUGUGCCACCUGUAGCCGGUGGCCCUGUGCCCCCACUGCCAGCCAACGGCAAUCCAAAGCCAGUCCAUCAGUUUGGUGGACACUAUCCAUACUUCCAACAUCACUUUCCACAUCACCAACAUCAUCAACAAAUGCAACAACAGAUGCAGCAACAACAACAACAGCAAAUACCAACAGCACCAACAUCAUCAGUGUAUCCGUCCAAGCCAACGAUAGGCCGACUGCCCAAGGAGGAGAAGUCGUCAAUUCCCAUCGACUUUAAGCAUAACUACAUCGCGGCCAAGCCGCCCAAGGACAAGGAGAAGUUGUUCUCCAAGAACUUUGGCGACGCGGUCUUCACCAACGACGUGUACACCAACAGUGACUUCACGUCGUGCCGCUUCAAGGGCGCGCAGUUCAACAGCGUGCAGUUUGACCACUGCACGUUCACCGCGUGCGAGUUUGCCAACGCCAUGUUCACCAACUGCACCUUCAUCCACUGCCGUCUGGUGAACUGCGACUUCAAGACGUCCAUCCACUCCAAGACCCACUUUAUCGACUCGGCCAUCACCAAUGGCAACUUUAGCUCCUUCUCGUGCCCGGCCUCCAUCUUUGCCCACUGCCGUCUGUCCAACGUCAACAUGAGCCGUUCCACAAUGACCGGAUCCCUGGUGAAGUUCUGUAAAUUCGUCAACGUCAACAUGUCGCACAGCAGCCUGCUGCAUACCAACUUCCCAAGCACUCGCUUCAUCAAUGUCUCAGUGGCCGACUGUGAAGUGUCCAAACACUCAUUGGCCACACUCAAGAAGCAGAGUGGUGUAAGAACAGAGAACCUAAGGAUGUUGUAA